AUGUGGCGGGUGCUGAGGCUGCGGGCGGCGCUGCUGGGCCGGGGGCCGGCCUGGCUGUGGGGCCCAGGAAGAUGGACCGUAGUGAGAAAUUACUCCUCAGCCAGCGCAAAGGAGGAGGCCAGGAGAAGAGGCGCCUGCGGCAGGGCUGAGUUGCUGGAGUUGCUGGAGGCUCGCGUCAAGCAGCUCCAGGCUGAUAACGUCUCGGAGGUGACAGUUGACCGAGUGGACGUUGCCCCACUGCGGAAGAGCAGCCUCCGGUGCCCUGCGCCGACUCCGGCAGGGAAGGAGCCUGCUGCAGAAGUCAGGGAGGGGGGCGUCUCCUCUUCCGGGGCCCCGUCCCAGCCCAGCCGCUGGUUUGAAAAGCUGAAAAAGGAGAAAUGGAUCAAGCAUAAGAGACAGUUGAAGCUGGAGCAGAAAUUCUCCGCGGCUGCCUCAGCCCCUGGUGCAGAACGAACUAGCCCGCCGUUCUUGGAGCCAGGCAAGGCUGCUGGAGCCAAAGAGAGCCAAGGCAGGGCCAAAGCCGUUCCCCCAAAGGGAGGGACAAAUCCAAAGGUAUCCAGCAAAUCCAAGACCUUCCGUGAAAGCCCCAGGGCUGCGGUGGCUCCUGCCCAGGGCUCUCCCAAGCCGGGCUCCCCUGCCAGCCCCUGUGCUGCGCAGAGCUAUGAAUGCAGCAGACUGGAGGAAUUGCCCAAGAUGGGGGAGCUAGAGGGGCCAAUGGCGUGGGAACCAAGGCUGCGGCUGAAAGACAAGGGGGGUAACAGGUAUGGGAGCAUCCAGCUCAUCAUCAUGUCCUACCUGGAGAGCUGCCUCUUCCUCCGCCAGCCCGAGAGGGCCCAUCAGUGCCUGCUGUUCUACCACCGCUCCCAUGCCAGGAGGAAGCAGCUGGGCAUCAAGAUGUAUAACAUCCUCAUGCACGGCUGGGCUAAAAAGGGCUCCUUGAACAAGAUUGGCCGGCUCUUCUUCAUGCUGGAGGAAGCUGGCCUGAAGCCCAAUCUCAGCUGCUACGCGGCCGCGCUGGAGUGCAUGGGCCGCACUCAAGCCCCCGCCACAGUCAUCCUAAGAUGUGUGCAGCAGCUGGAAGAGGAUGGUUUCAAGCUGGACGAGCUCUUCAAAGACGUUGUCUACGAGGAGGACGAACGGGAGAUGGUGCUGAAGGCUGUCAGGAUAAUCGAGCCGAACUUUCAUCCGCUGUCUCAGCCCUGCUCGGAAAUUUGCACUUCUCCUUUGCUCCGGGAUUUCUACUCCAAGGAAAAGCCGGUCUCCUACCCCAAGCUGGACUUCUCGGUGCGCGAGCUGCGGGAACGCUUCCGGCAGCAGCUGGAGAUGGAGGCUUCCAACACCGUAACCAUCAGCUCCGUGGAGUCGGCCAAGCCCCUGACGGAGCAAGCCAGCAAAGCGCGGGAGCUGUUGACCACGCUGCGCUCUGAGUGGCGGAAGUCCCUCCUCCAGACCCUGCAGGAGUCUAAGAUCCACAUGGCGAACAGGAGGUCCUGGCAGAUGAGCCUCUAUCCCUACCUGUGCUUGCUGGAGGACGAGGAGUACGUGGACAUCAUGCUGCAGAUCCUCUCCAGCCUCCCUCCCCAAGGAGAGUCCCUGCUGGUUUUAGCUAAAGAGCUGGGUGCCAAGAUCCACAACAAGUACGCCGUCCGGAAGAAAUUGCGCAGCCGCCUGCUGAAGAAGAUCCAGAAGAUCUAUGACGCCUACGCCCAGCUGCUGGCAAAGGACACCCAGCUGGAUAGUUACCUGCCGCGGGAGUACUGGGAGAAGCUGGAGGCCAGCUCGGGGUCCUCCCUGCUCAGCAAGGACUGCACCUGGCCUCACAUCCUGAUGGUGCAGCUGGGCGUUCACAUGGUGGAGCUCCUCGUGCAAGUGAUCAAGGUACAGAGCAACGUCCUGAACCCCAGCUUGGAGGCGAAACUCAUCCCCGUCCUGUAUCACGUCUACUCCUUCCGCAGCAGCCGGCAGAUCGGGUUUAUAAAGCCCCAUCCGAUCCUCACCCAGAUCUUGUCGAACGCCGCCGAGACCACGUUGACUUUCGACUCCUUUGUCAUGCCCAUGCUGUGCCCCCCGGUGCCGUGGACCUCGCCGCACUUCGGGGCCUACAUCCUCCUCCCCACCAAGCUGAUGCGCUGCGUGGAGGGGGCCAUCCAGCACCAGCUCCUGCUAGAGGAGUGUCCCCGCAGCAACCUGCACUCGGUCCUGGACGCCUUGAACCAGCUGGGCAACUGCCCCUGGAAGAUCAACCAGCCCGUGCUGGAUAUCAUCAUCUCCAUCUUCAACGCCAAGGGCAGUGAGAAGCUGGACGUCCCGCCGCCCCUCUCGGAGGCCCCCAAGCCAUCCGUGGCCCUCCACGUGGGGCCCAGCACUCCCUGGAGCAAGUCGUCCCUGAAACGCGAGCUGACGCAGUGCAGGAAGAAGACGGCGGAAAUGUACAGCCUGCGGAUGGACUCCCUCUACAAGCUCUCCAUAGCCAACCACAUGAGGGAUAAGGUGUUCUGGUUCCCCCACAACAUGGACUUCCGGGGCAGGACCUACCCCUGCCCGCCCUACUUCAACCACUUGGGCAGCGACAUCACCCGGGCCAUGCUGCUGUUCGCGGAGGGAAAGCCACUGGGGGCGCGUGGCCUCGACUGGCUCAAGAUCCACCUCAUUAACCUGACGGGGCUGAAGAAGAAGAACUCUCUGCGGGAGCGGCUGGCCUACGCCAACGAGCUAAUGGAGGAGAUCCUGGACUCUGCUGACAACCCCCUGACGGGCAGGAAGUGGUGGAUGGACACCGAUGAACCCUGGCAGGCCUUGGCGUGCUGCAUGGAGAUAGCCAAGGCUUUGAGAUCGCCGGACCCCACAGCCUACAUCUCGCACUUCCCCAUUCAUCAGGACGGCUCUUGCAACGGGCUGCAGCACUACGCCGCGCUGGGGCGUGACGUCAUCGGCGCCACCUCAGUCAACCUGAUGCCGUGCGACAGCCCCCAGGACGUGUACAGCGGAGUGGCCCAGCAGGUAGAAGAAUUCCGGAAGCAGGAUGCCCAGGAGGGCAUGAAGGUCGCCCAGGUCCUGGACGGCUUCAUCAGCCGCAAGGUGGUGAAGCAAACGGUGAUGACGGUGGUGUACGGCGUCACCAGGUACGGAGGGAGGCUGCAGAUCGAGAAGCGGCUCAAGGAGAUCAACGGUUUCCCACAGGAGUACAUCUGGGAGGCGUCGCAUUACCUCGUCCGGCAGGUGUUCAACAGCCUCAAGGAGAUGUUCUCAGGGACUCGAGAGAUCCAGAUCUGGCUGACGGCGAGUGCCCGGCUCAUCGCCAAGUCCGGGAACCCGGUGGAGUGGGUCACCCCGCUGGGCCUCCCCAUCGUGCAGCCGUACCAUCGGGCCAAGUCCACAGUGCUGAACAGCACCAUGCAAACCCUGAGUCUGAACAUGCGAUUUGACGCCAGCCAGAAACCGGAUACGGUGAAGCAGAAAAACGCCUUCCCGCCCAACUUCAUCCACUCGCUGGACUCCACGCACAUGAUGCUGACGGCACUGCACUGCCACAGACGGGGCCUGACGUUCGUCUCGGUCCAUGACUGCUACUGGACCCACGCGCUGACUGUGGAUGUCAUGAACCAGGUGUGUCGAGAGCAGUUUGUGGAGUUGCACAGCCAGCCCAUCCUGCAGGAUCUGUCCAGGUUCAUGCUGCAGAAAUAUUGCACUGACUCUCUGGCUGAGUGGAGGGAUGAGAAGUCCCUCGAACCCCAGACGCUGGUGGAGCUGCUGUCCAGGGUCCCUGAGACAGGCAACUUUGACCUGCAGAAGGUGAAGGAAUCUACGUAUUUCUUCAGCUGAAACGGACCCCGGGCAAGGCCCUGGACUGUCUAUCAAACGCUGGCUAAUUGGACCAGAGGUGCCAGCCAGCCGAGUCCAGGGUGGGACCUGGCUCACAGCACCCCCAGCAGAGAACAAGGGGAGACUGUGUCCAGGACCUCGUCCUGGGAGCACAGCAGACAGCUGGCCCAGGGAAAUACCCACAAGGGGUGCAUCGGCCUCUCUGCUUUGGAAACGGACCCUGCCCGGAGAGCAGGAGCAUGUGGCUCCACUAGGAGGCAGGAUCUCUGCUUUCCCUUGUGCCAGGAGGGGCGUGGCGCUGCCUUCCUAUGGCUCUCACCAGCCCAGCUCACCCGCUCCUCCCUCUGUGCCGAGGGACCUUGAGCUGGAGAUCACCGGCUGCUAUUUCCCCCGGCGACUGGGGAUCCCCGACGCUGACCCAAAGACAAGGUUGCUUUGCUCACCGGGAGCCUCUGGCCCCAAACUGAGGUGGAAGGCAAGGGGCUGAUUGGGGACUGGCGUUCCCUGCGACCUCAGCCUCACACAGUUGGGUCUCAGCAAGGGGCCCCUGUUUGCUGCUGGUAACUCAGGUGCUCUAGGCCAAUCGACCAGGCCUCUCUUCCCCCUUCACUCACCCCCACUCACUACCCCAUGCGUCCGGGGAGGAGGACAUCCUGCAGAUGGAGCCCUCCAGGCCUGGCUUUGAACACCGUCUGGGUCACCCACGCCAGGCCGGAGCGCUGUUGGUCUGCGCAGGGAAGGGGGCAGUGGGUCUAGGAUCCCAGUGAGAUACUCUCUUCACUGGACUCCUGCGCUAGUAGCUCUAAUGGCGCCGUUGCGGGCUAGCUGAGCGUGCCUGGGGGAGCGAGCUGGAGAGCUCCUCCCGGGACAGCAGCAUCCUACAACCAAAGACCUCAGAGUGCUUUAGGAUUCUUGGCCAAUGAGCUGUUGAAUAACCACUUGCCUGGGGAACGAGAACCUGCCCGUCCCUGGUCUCUGCAGCUGCGUCAGACUUUGCUGGCCUUGGCCGGGGCGCGGC